AUGGGCUGCACGUCCGCCAUUGUCUUCACCUGCUUUGGUGCGGCGUAUGGAACCGCAAAGUCUGGCGUUGGUAUCUCCGCCAUGGGUGUUCUGCGACCCGACCUGAUCGUCAAGAACAUUGUUCCCGUCAUUAUGGCUGGUAUCAUUGGUAUCUACGGCUUGGUCGUGUCGGUGUUGAUUUCGGACAACCUCAGCCAGCAAGAAGCCCUGUUCACCAGCUUUAUCCAGCUUGGUGCUGGUCUGUCGGUCGGCUUGUCAGGUUUGGCCGCCGGCUUUGCCAUUGGCAUUGUCGGUGACGCCGGUGUUCGAGGCAGUGCUCAGCAACCUCGCCUUUUCGUCGGCAUGAUUCUCAUUCUCAUUUUCGCCGAAGUCUUGGGUCUUUAUGGCCUCAUCGUCGCCUUGCUCAUGAACUCCAAGGCUCAAACCGAUGUUCACUGCUAG